GGAGACGGAGUCCUCAACUAUAAAAGUGAUCUCUUGCGCAGUGACUUUAUCUCAUUCUAUGAUUCCUUCAAUUUGUUAUCGCCAUUUUUUACGUAAUGCAGAUACGAAUUAAUAUUGCCCUUGUCGUAUUAUACAAAAAAGUCUAUCCUUAAAGCUUUAUGUACUCUUAAUAAUACUAAAUAACAUUUGCACUGCUUUGAAGAACUGGUAUGUGCCUGAAACGUGACUGUUGUUGAUUAAAUGCUGUUCUGGUGUGACAUUUAAAAUCUAAAAAUAUAAAUAAAUUACAGUUUUAUCCAACCAUUUAAUCGCGUCUGGUUUGCAAUGUCAGUUGAUUUGAUUCAACAAGAUAGAAUUAAGAUGGUCGUGAUUAUUAUUGCUGAUUAUUAGCAUACUUAAUCUACUUAAUUUAAAGAGUGGAUCUGUAUCUCGAGCGGAAAAUAUAUCCCAGCUUUGCAGAGACGAAUCUGUUGUGACAUUAAUUAUUUAUUAUUUGUUUAGUGUUUUGUAGUGAAACGCAGUUAGUUUGGUUUGACAUAUAGUGAAGGAAAAGGUGCCGUGCGUUGUUUUCGGUUUAGAUUAGACUGACAAUAAUAAUAAAAAAGUACAUUUUUUUGACAAUUUUCGCGAGUACGAGUAACAAUAAUGAGUGUCAAUCCUGGUGGUAGUGCUGGUGGAAGUGGUGCUGCGACGCCGGGCAGCAGCAGACGCCCAAGCCAAUGGUCGCACCAAUUGCAACAAAUGCUUUCACAGGGAAGGCGAAAUUCUGCGGCGAAAAUAAUUAGCCGAAUUAGGUCUGGCUCUCUUCCUGGAUGGGCUGGAGGUGGACCUAUAUUUCCAAGUUCAAGAAAAGCUACAACCUUUGCGCCAGACGUUGAAGAUGGCGAUGACGAUGAGAAUGAUUCCACAGGUCAGAAAAAUAAUAAAAAGAAACGGAGACCUGAAAUCGAUCCGGAAACGGCGAGACAGCAGGGAAAUGCCAGCAUGGGGUCUGUCGUAUCGGCACUCUACGCUAAACUUUUGGUCGUUAUGGGGUGUGGUUUUCCACUCGCAGAAGUCAUUUCAAGUUACAUACCGCAAUCCUAUUACGACGGAUUCUAUCUUUACCUGUAUUUCGUUUCGAUACUCUUCAUGUCGUGGAUUUUCGCCAACGUAAUUCAAGAGAAAGCCUCUCGUGAAAUUCACAAAGGUGUCACCUCUCUGAAGACAAGACUACACCAGCACCAACUCCCCUCCUCAAAACCAUCUCCAGACUUGGUGAAGAGGGAUCCCGAACUCGGUGGUCAAGGGGACGCUCGCCAGUCGGGGUCAGACAUCUCUGAUGAAGAAGAAGGUCCCUCCAACUCGGAUGAGGCUGAAGGUCACGACAUGCUCACACCUUUGCCCCCCUCGAGCAGCAGUACCGGCUCAAUGCAUCACAUAACUUCCCACUAUCAGCAGCACGCUAGCCCCAAACACCAUCCUCGCCAACACCACCUCGCCCACCACACGAUUCAAAUCCAACCCCAAGGAAGGAGGGAUCACCACUUGUCCGAAACUGAUUCCAUACUGGAUGAGAAAUUUGAUCCCACUUCGGGAGGACAGAGGAUACAUUUUGGCAACUUUUACCUCAGAAUUGGGGCAGUUGCCUUCGGGAUUGGGAGCAUGAUUUACAGUGGAUUAGAAUUCGGACAAUACUUUGAGCUCGAAGCUGACACGAAAUGUCACAACUACAUGGUUGCAGUCACACCCUGCGUCCGGAUGAUUUUCACCUUUAUGCAAAUGUAUUUCAUUUUCCUCAACUCUAGAAUGGCCGUAUCGAAAGUAAGCCUAGCGAAGCAAUUCGGUCUUAUGCAUCUCAUAGGAACCAACCUAUGUGUCUGGCUGAAUGUUCUAAUUCAAGAAACAAAACAUGAAAUUGUACACUUUUACGACCCCGAGAAUCGAACAAUCACCUUGAAACAUGGCAUCAAUCAAGAUUACCUCAAACCGCUGGGAAAUUUGUUCGGAAUCACACAAAAUCCGAGCCGAGGUUUGUAUGAGGAUGGAGUAUCAGAAGACUGGGAAAGUGGUGCUGCUGGUCACGUGACGGAGGACUCCUUGGCAUCCAACGUUACGGAACAUGUUCUUCACCGAGUUCCCAGAGGACUUAAGGGACCCCACUCAAUGUACGAUUGUGGGCGUGUGAACAUUAUCGGUUCUCUGGUCGAUUCUGCGUCGCCGUUUCUUUUUCCUUGCACGAUUGAGUAUUCACUCAUCUGUGCGGCGGUUUGCUAUGUGAUGUGGAGAAGCAUGGCGCAACGAAGGGUGGCUGCAAUCUCAAUGAAGCGGUCCAUGACCACGGAAUCUUUAAUUUUCAUCCCUGCGAAAGGCGAAGUGCGAUCUCCUCAUCAUUACACGGUCGAUUGUGCGGGAUCAAAUAAAGGAUUUUUUCUCGGAAUAUUCUUCCUUGUCGUGACAAUCAUGAGCCUCAUUCUUAACUUUGUCUUCAUGAAGCAUGAUGACCACAUGGAACAGGCCACGUUCAUAAUCAAUGUUACCGAAGUGAUUCUAUACUCACUGUCAACUUUGGCCGUCUUGCUUGGAAUUUGUCGGUUCCGUCAAUUACGUUACGUUUCUGGUAAAAACUUGGAGCUUGACAACAUUCUACUCAUUGUGGCGCAAUGUGGCUCAUUUGUUUUCAACGUUUUUUGCAUAAUUGGAGGGCAUCUCACUGUCAUCGACAAUGACGGAUUGGUUCUCUUUAUCCCGAUAAUUUGUCUGAUUCAGCUAUCUCUCCAAACUUUGUUCAUAUUGGAUGCGUCCAAACGAGUGGCCGCGACUGCAGAACAAAGGAGGAUAAAGCCAGGCAGAGAGAUAAUAACGUUUCUCCUCGUUAGCAACUUGGCCAUGUGGCUUAUCAACGCUUUGGAAAAAAGCAGAGGGAACUCUCAUCCAUACCUUUUACAUUUCUACGGGGUUUGGGCGUGGACGAUAAUCACACGGAUCUCAAUGCCUUUGGCCAUCUUUUACAGGUUUCACAGCACCGUUUGCCUUUGUGAGAUCUGGAAGAAAGCAUACAAAGUGAAAACACAGCACCACUAGAAGCACGGCACUACGAAAAAUAACAAGAAACGGUUGACUGCGGGGGUGUAAACUGUAUAUUGCAAAAAUCAAGAAUUAUGUAUGCACGUCUUCGAAUUUAUGUAGGUAACGACAUUCAUCGACUCGUGUUCCCUUGUGCGUGGUGAAAUAAUAAAUGCAUUGCUUUUGCCAUGUAUGUAAUAAUGAUGUUACUGAAUAAUAACUACAUACAAAAUUGACUGACAGUGAUAAAGUUGCAUUGAAUUUGACCAAUUCAGCGAAAAAAUGAA